AUGGGGCGACCUGAGGCAGGACAUGCGUUGCAACUAUUCCUGGCGGUUUCGGAGGACACGAUCAGCUCGGUGUUGGUACAGGAGCAACCCGAAUUCAAACUCGUGUACUUCGUUAGCAGAACGUUGCAACCGGCGGAAACCGGGUACAAGCGAGUUGAGAAGAUCGCUUUGGCAUUAGUAAUGGCAGUGCGGCGAUUAAGGCCAUACUUCCAGAGUCAUCAGGUGGUAGUCCGAACGGACCACCCCAUCGCGAAGAUCCUGCGCAAACCGGAUUUGGCCGGGAGGAUAGUAGGAUGGUCUAUGGAGUUGUCUGAAUUUGGACUCCAGUUUGAACCAAGAGGGUUUAUCCGAGGGCAACAUUUGGCCGACUUUGCGGUCGAGUUACCCUGGGAAGAAGGGCAUCCUGAAUGGAUCCUUUACGUGGAUGGCUCCUCUGAAAAGUCUGGUGGGGGAGCAGGGAUUGUGUUGGAAGGACCGGACGACUUUAUUGUCGAGCAGGCAAUUGUCUUUCGGUUCAAGAUAAGUAAUAACCAGGCCGAGUACGAAGCAGUGCUGGCGAGACUCGAGCUGGCAAAGGACUUGGGGGCUGUCGCGGUCAAAUGCCGAACGGAUUCCCAAUUGGUGGUAGGACAGCUAACGGAGAGCUUCCAGACCAAGGAUGAUCAGCUGCUUCGAUAUUUUCACAAGAUCAAAGAGUUGGUAAAGCAGUUUCGGACGGUGGAAUUCAAACAUGUGCCAAGGGAGCAGAACGCGAGGGCGGAUAUCCUAUCCAAACUCGCCAACAGCAAAGGGAAGGAUCACUUGUCAUCAGUUAUAAGGCAGGUCAUGAUGAACCCGUCGGUGGAGUGUUUGGCCGUUCACGAGGUCUCCGAUCGGCCUGACUGGAGGAAAUAUAUAAGGGAAGUCAUUCAAAGGCAGGAGAAUGACUUGCAUGUUCGAGGGGCUGAGGCGAAGAAGGCCGCUCGGUAUUUGGUAAUAGGGGAAGACCUAUAUAAACGAGGAUUUUCAUCACCCUUGUUGAAGUGCAUAUCCGUGGAGGAAGCUGAAUAUGUGAUGAGGGAGUUGCACGAGGGGGUGUGUGGAAUGCAUACAGGGCAGCGAGCGUUACGUGCCAAGGUCAUACGAGCGGGCUAUUUUUGGCCGACGGUGGAGAGAGACUGCAAAGAAUUUGUGCAGAAAUGCUUGAAGUGUCAAGAGCAUGGUAAGAACCUCAAUCUUCCACCCGUCGAGUUGCACAGCUUGAUGUCACCAUGGCCGUUCGUGCAAUGGGGAGUAGACAUUGUCGGACCCUUUCCUGUGGGCCGAGCGCAAAAGAAAUUCCUACUGGUGGCAAUUGACUAUUUCACUAAGUGGGUGGAGGCAGAACCGCUCGCAACGAUCACGACAGCAAGGGUUCAAAAAUUUAUGUGGACGCUUAUAUGCAGGUUUGGAAUUCCCAAAAUCAUAGUUACAGACAAUGGACGACAAUUCAUUGACAAGGGCUUGAGCGAAUUUUACAAGAAGCUGGGAAUUAAGCAUGUCACUAGCUCGGUAGAGCAUCCUCAAACGAACGGCCAAGUGGAAGCGGUCAACAAAGUCAUCGUAUCCGAGUUGAAGAAAAGGCUGGGAGAAGCCAAGGGCCUCUAG